AUGUAUUUUUUUGCAUUCAAUGAUAAUGAUAUAUUAGAAAAUACAACAACAGAUUAUUAUAACAAAAGCAUAGUAUUUAUAUUACUAAGUUUAAGUACUCUUAUAUAUACAGCCCUAUCAGUUAAAUCAUAUAAACAACUAUAUCCCGAUGAAAACACUAUAUCAAAUGAAAAGAUAUUUCAUAAAGAUUUAGUUUUACAUGUAGUUAUAGAUUUAUUUGAUAUAUUUGAAUUAUUAUUUACCUUAUUUAGACUACCACAUAUCAUUGAAAGUACAAAUUUUUGGAUAAAAAUAAUUGGAGGAGUUUUAAUAUCAUUUUCAGUCUAUUUAAAUGGAUAUUCAUUUCCUAUUAUAUCAAUAGUUGCAGAAAAAAAUAGUAAAAAUUUAGAUUUAGGAGAUAUAUAUUUUUGUAAAAAACAUGCUGCUGUUAUUGGAAUUAUAUUAAUUGAUAUCCCAUUUAUGAUAUUACGAUUUUACUUAUUAGUAUUUUAUUUUUCAAAUAUACAUUUUCAGCCCCUUUUAAUUAAAAAUAUUUGUUUUAUACCAAUUAAAUGUAUUACCAUAAAACGGUGUAAUAUAAUCUUCAAAAAAUUGAGAAAAGACAUAGACUAUUCAGACAUCAACUCAAAAAGUAAUACUCGAAUUAGUGUAGUCAAUGAUACUGUAACUAGUGUUAAUAAUGCAAGCACCAAUUUAAAAACCAUUUCUAAUAAUAAUGGGACUGAACUCGAAAAUAUAUCAGAUAAUGAGACAACAAUGGGCAAUAUGAUGGGUAGAAACAGUAAGCCCAUUUAUUUAAAUAAUUUAGUGCAUAGAAAAAAAAAUUAUAUUAUGCCUAUGAAUGGCAUUAUAAAAAAUAAUGUGAUUGAUAUUAAAAAUGGACAAGAUACCCCAAUUUUAGGUGACAACACACAUAAUAGUCGCAUUAAUGGAAAUCGUUCAAUAAAUUUUGAUGAAGAAGAGGGACAAGGAAAAAAGAUAAACAAAAAAAUAAAUUUUGAUGACUUUAAUAAUGAUGAUAAUGGGAUAUCUAAUCUAAAAGAAUCUUUUGAAAAGAUUGUAGAAAAUAGUAUAUUAGAUAUUCGAAAUAUAAAUAAAAAUACAAUUCGAAAUAAAUAUAUUAUGAACAAGUUAAUGCAUAUAAAUACUUCAAAUAAUGAAAAACAUCAUUGUUAUUUGGAUGCAAAUUUAAAAGUUUCAUAUCCAAAUCAAUUACGAUUAAUGAUACCAUAUAUUAUAUAUUGUCUUGGAAAAAUAGCUAUGUCUUUAGUUAUUUAUUUUUUUUAUACAAAAAUAGAUAUAUAUAAUUUAAAAUUAAUGCUAACAUCUAAUGAUAUAUAUUCUCAAUUAUUUGAAAAUAAUAAUAUAAUAUUUCUUGUUGCUCUGUCUAUUAUAUUAGGGAAUUCAAUCAUAUCCUUUUUCUCUUUUAUAUUUAUAUCCUCAUUUUUUGAAGUCGUAUUUUUUGUUUUAUUUAUAUUUGUUAAAUGCUUUUCAGAUUUUCUAUUUUUAUUAUUACUAGCAUAUACUAGUAUUUUUGAAAUAUUUUUAAUAAAUAUUAAUCAAUCAGAUAAGUAUGCCCCCUUUUUUUUCUUAUGCUUCGCAGUUAUACCAUCUUUUAAAAUAGUCAGAAACAUUUACAUAUUUUUAUGCUCAUUAUCUGGAAGACAAUUUAUUGGAUAUAUUAUCAGACCAUUUACAAAUGAUGAAAGAAAAAAUAAAUUACAAAACUUUUUAAAUAUAAGAGAGUAUCAUAACAUAUCCCAAAAUAUUACAACAUAUUUAAAUAGUGAAUUUAAUUUUUUUAAUAAUAAUGAAAUCAAUUCAAAAAAAAAAUUCAAAGGAGAUUAUAAAGGAUUUAUAUCAAUAGCUUCCUUUUUGAUAUAUAUCAACACAAAAUAUAUGCAUGGAUUAUGUUCAGUUUCAACACUAAUGAUUGGAAAUAAUUUUAUUAAAAAUUUACGUCUAAAUUAUAAUAUAAGAAAUGCACACUUUUUGUUAAUAUUAUCUGAUUUUUUAAUUAGAUUUUCUCUACUAUUAUUUAUAUAUAUUCACUAUAAAGUUAACAUUAUUUCUUACGAAUACACCCAAUAUUUUUAUUAUGGAAUUACAGCUAUUUUUUCUCUUGAUAUUUUUUUAAAAUAUUUCUACAUGGUGUUGUCACAUAAUUAUCGAAUGCAUGCAAUGCAAAAAUUAGAACUAAAAUCGAUAUACGAAGAUAUUUAUUAUAACACCAAGACAAAGAAAGAAAAUUCCCAAAACAUUUUUAAAAAUAUAUAUAACAAAUAUCAGACAAAUACUUUUUACUACCACAAUAUUCCUCUUUUUUCGGAGUUCGCAUAA